UUCAUAUUUUAGGAAAACAUAGCAACAGCCUCGCAUUCACAUUGUUGAAAGAUGGCGGACAAAAUUAACGGCGAAGAAAACAGUCAAUAUUCAACUGAUGGACCGCCAUCAAACUUGGAAGGCUUUAUCAAGUCGCAAAUCGAGGACCAAGAGAAAAAUUCGAAAACAGGUGAUAAUCUGGACACAGAGAAAAGGGACAGCUUUAUAGCAAGGGCCAUAGCAGAGAGUCGCAGAAUGAACAAAGAAAUAGAGAAGUCAAAAGAGAAGAGAAGCAGACUACAUGCAGAGCUCGGUGAAAAAAGAAUGACUGAAUGGCGAGAGGAGCAUUCAUCUCAAGUUCUCACACCACAGCAAGCUGAGAUGGUCGAGAGAUCUUAUCAGGAUGAUUAAAAGCUACGUGGAAUCCACGGAGGACCUUGUAGAGCAACACAGCCAUUUUAUAAAUUUUCAGGAUUCCACUUUUGAGUUGUUCUCAUCGUUUUUUAUGGGGGGGGGGUUCAAAUACGCCUAUUUUUAAUCCAGGGCACUGUGAUAUGAAGAACUGCCCUUUAUUAAAACUUGAAUAAAUCUUUAUGAAGUAGAAUGAAAAACAAAUUUCUGGUCCCAGUUUAUUCUUUUCAUGGAGACAAAUAGUAUGUAGGUACCUACUAUGUGUAACUAAAGUUCUCAAAAUAACUUUACUGUGUCUUUAAUAUUAUUAAUAUGAUUGUUCUAUUUCACAGUGAAUGCUGAGGGGAUUAAUUUUCAAUCACUUAGAAAAAAGAAUACACUUUAGUUUUAAAUAAUAAAGUAAUGUCUUAGCUGUAAAUAAAGAAUUAUAUUAAUAAAAUCCUAGUUUGGAAAUGUCCAAGGAGUGGAAGCGAUACAUGUCCAUGACUUACAAUGCCAAAAUAAGGAAUUGUGUACAUGAUCUACUUUUUCAUGAUUGCCUCGAAAUGCUUUUGAGUUGCUUUGUUUUAAGUUUAAGCGAUGACUAUCAAGAGUUUGUCUGUUAGUUGGGUAGACCUUCCUGUGUUUCAAUAUUUUGCAGGAUUGAAAAAUGAGAGAGAAGAAAAUUAAUGAAUGCACUAUAUGCCUGUACAUACGCAAAGUGAAAAAAUGAAAAAGAUGUUUCAAAAAUGUUUUUAAAAAGUGUGUGUAUAAGAGAGAGAGAGAGGGAGAGGGGGAGAGAGAAAGAGAGAGAAGGGAGAUGAGAGAGAGAAAGUGAGAGAGAUGAUAAAGAUCAUGUAAUAAAAAAUAUAAAGAAAUGGGAAGAAAGUAUGUUUGCAUGUUCUUCACUGCCUCUUUUGUUUACGUGCAAGGGUGAGUGACAAAGGUGUAACGCUUGUGGACUCUUGUGAACUGAACCUGUGACCCAUGUGAAACAUUUUGUUUGAGGAUGGUUGUUAUCAUGAACACAUGUAUUGUGAAUUUUCCUUGUUCUAUGAACAUUUUAUUAAAGUUUGUUCCUCUAUCA